UUUGUCUUUCCCUUUGUUGAUUCGACAAAGUUGCAGUCCACACCACUAGACCCACUCGCAUGAAGACAACUUUCUCGAAUGGCCACAACAACUGCCUACCUGUUGGUGUUUGUGACAUGGUGUUCACUGUAUUGUGGGGUCUCAUUCGCAAGCUAUGUCAGCAGUAACAUUCCCAGGGACUUGUCCAGGUACAAGAUCAUCAACGCUAAAGAAAAAAGUGUCGUGCACCUUACAUUUAACAUCAGCGAUGAUACUUGUCAAAACACCACUAAGAUGUGUGUCAUCAAACUCACCACAUAUGACACAGGCCUGGUGACAGACAUUUGCACAACUGUCAUCGAUAAUGGCACGUGUACAGAGACAGAUAUGAACAAGUCUUGUGCCUGCGAAAAUUCUGCAACCGGCAGUGUCAUCAACUACAGCGGAUCUGUUACCUUCUCAGAGUCUGAUUAUAAAAUAUACUUUUGGAAUUCAAUUAUCGGGAACUCUUCUGAAACAAUGAAGCCAGAGGAAAUAAUGUUCCUGAUUCGUGAGUCUGAGACAAAACAAGAAAACGAAACGAGGAAAGAGGAAGGAGGUUGCUCCUGCUUAGGUCAACUGCUCAUCAUCGUACCAUGCGCUUGUCUUCUCAUCGAUGUUACUAUCGGGGUUAUCUGUCUCAUCCAACGCAGGAAGAAUAAAGCCACUGCUGCAGACCGCGACUCUCGCCCAGAAGAGCUCGUUGAGUCAAACAAGCAUCACGACCAUGAUCUUCAGAAAGAAGAUUGGGGUGUCAUGCCUGUCGAACCUCAGGGUCAUGUUCCCAAGGAAAGGCAGUCGCUGAAUGUCCAGUGCAACCGUCUUGACCAAGACCCGCACCCGAAAGACUUGGUCAUGACACACGUCUUUGAACAGAACCCAAAAGAGUUGCAGGAUGUGGCAGAGAAGCAAGAAGGCCAUGAUGAAGGCCCAACUACUGAUGACACCUACAGUCAUCUACAAAGAGCUUAAGAUGGGAUAAUCUUGUCAUCAUCAAUGUCAUCAAUAGACUGCUCAAAGGUCUCAAUAGACUGAAGAUUCGAGGACUAUGCCAAAUUUGUGUCUAUAGGGCUACUAAUAGCUGUUUUAACAAUCUACAUACAACCAUUAUUUUACUACAUUUUGUGUCGAAACUGGGCCACGGAAAUUGAAGUGGCUUCAAGCUGUGGCUGCUGUUGUAAUUCUUAGCUCCUCUUAUUUGUUUAGCUUGCCAGUUAACUCGUUCUUUUGGGUUCAUAUCAAUUUUCAUCUGGACUUUACGUGUUGAGAAAAUAAAUACUGAGAAGAAUGUUUGUCAAAAAUAUGACCUUAUGUGGAAAUCUCACGAACAUGAAAUCACACUGAAUUCUUUUUUCAAUAGAUUGUGAUAGUCAGACACGUAAGAAGCUUUUUAAUUAAUAAGUGCAAAAUUGCUUAGUUGUCUUAAUAUUGUUUCAGUUUAUUACUUUUUGUAGUAGUUAUAUGUAUAGCAUUUGAUUGCAAUGCAGAAAAAAAUUGAGCUACAAUGAAUGUGGGAAUUUUAUUUAUAGCACGACAUGCCCAGGUGUCGUCUUCGAAAGAUGUCAGCUGAUAUUACCAUUUUCUCGAAACACGACCGAGUUACCCAAAGGACAAUACAAAAGUUGAGUUAGGACUAGGAAAUUACUUAAAACAUAAUUCAUAAUUGAUAAAAAUAAAAAGUGUUUAAACAGGAUGUUGUUUUUCUCUAUGUUACAUUCAAAAUAAUUCCUAAAUGCGGAAAUUAAAACAUUUCCCUGAUCGAAA